AUGGCGGGGGCUUUCAGGUUUGGGCGGCGCCGCGCGGCUCUUCGGGUUUCGCGUUCUUCUUUGUUUUUCGUUCUUUCUGUUUCCUGUUUGCUUUCCAACUUUUAUUUUUCGAAUUCUUUUCGUUUGAAUUCUUCUUCUGACUUCUCCCUCGCCGCCGGCGCUGCAGCUUCGCCCGGGGCUGCUGCGUACCCCCCCGGAGGUGUACAUACACCCGAAGGCGCAGAAGCGCAGGACGCUGCAGACACCCCCGAAGCUGUAGAGACACCCGAACUUGAACUCGACCCAAAUGAGGCAAAACCUGCCGGAAUUGAAGACUCUGAAGGCUUUCCAGAGGCUGGGGAAGGCUAUGGACAGCGAGAGGGAGAAACAAUCGAAGAAGAACUCCAAAAAAUGACAAAGUUUGCAAACAAAGAUGAAACAAAAAUCAAAUUCGAGGAAAAGACCGCCGGACAUGUGCAGGCAGUCUCGGGGACCAUGAGGGGAAGGAGACCCACAGACGAAGACAAUGCCCACAAGGAAUUCGGUGAGGCACCACCCACCGCUGCUGCUGCUGCUGCUGCUGCUGCUGCUGUUGCUGCUGCCGUUGCUGCUGCCGUUGCUGCUGCUGCUGCUGCUGCUGCUGCAGCACUGGAAGUGUCCGCCGAUAUUCCUCUGGAAUACGACGAGGGAAAGAUCUCCGAAGUUUGCAUCGCAAUGGACAAAAAAAUAAUCAAAAAUAAUAUUUGCAAAAGAUCAGGAUCGACAGCUGCAAUGCUAUUUGUUGAAAAGGACAUCUUGCAGGAGCGAAGCUUCAGGUUGCAUUCUGUUUUCGUCGGGGAUUCCCGCAUCAAGGCAAUUGACUUGUCCAGCGACCGCUCGUUUUACCUCACUGAAGAUCACAAGCCAGAAAGAGAAGAAGAAAAGCACAGAAUUGAACUCAGUGGCGGCCGCGUCUACGCAGUGCAUAAUGUGUACCGCGUCAACGGCAUUCUGAACGUGUCUCGGGCUUUUGGUGACAGCAUCCUCAAGGACUAUUCGGCUCGCCCGCCGUACGAGCAGCCGGUGGUGGCGCUGCCGGGGCAGCUUGAGGAGUUCAUAUCGCCUUCUUUUGUGAUUCUAAUUGCCUGUGACGGAGUGUUCGAAACAGUCGACGCGGACCUGGACAACUUGGUGCGGCAGCAGCUGAAAAAGACGAACUUCGAUUUGCUGAAAACUGUCCAAGAGAUUCUGCAAGUGGCCUACAGCCGGGGCUCUCAAGACAACUUGUCGCUCUUGCUGGCGCGCGUGAACAACGAAGUGCAGCAAGAAGGCAGCCCCUUCGCCCUCGGCUGA